AUGGCCGACACGGCGGCCGCAGGCGGGGCCGGUGGCUCAGGAACGCGAUCAGGAAGUAAACAGUCCACUAACCCUGCUGAUAACUACUAUCUGGCCCGGAGAAGAACCCUGCAAGUGGUUGUGAGCUCCUUGCUGACAGAGGCAGGGUUUGAGAGCGCCGAGAAAGCAUCCGUGGAAACAUUGACAGAGAUGCUUCAGAGUUACAUUUCAGAAAUUGGGAGGAGCGCCAAAUCUUACUGUGAGCACACAGCCAGGACCCAGCCCACACUGUCAGAUAUCGUGGUCACACUGGUUGAGAUGGGUUUCAAUGUGGACACUCUCCCUGCUUAUGCCAAACGGUCCCAGAGGAUGGUCAUCACUGCUCCUCCAGUGACCAAUCAGCCAGUGACCCCCAAGGCCCUCACUGCAGGGCAGAACCGACCCCACCCGCCACACAUCCCCAGCCAUUUUCCUGAGUUCCCCGAUCCCCACACCUACAUCAAAACCCCGACAUACCGUGAGCCUGUGUCAGACUAUCAGGUGCUGCGGGAGAAGGCUGCAUCCCAGAGGCGUGAUGUGGAGCGGGCACUCACCCGUUUUAUGGCCAAGACAGGCGAAACCCAGAGUCUGUUCAAAGACGAUGUCAGCACAUUUCCAUUGAUUGCGGCCAGACCUUUCACCAUCCCCUACCUGACAGCUCUUCUUCCAUCUGAGCUGGAGAUGCAACAAAUGGAAGAGACGGAUUCCUCGGAGCAGGAUGAGCAGACAGACACAGAGAACCUCGCUCUUCAUAUCAGCACAGACGAUUCUGGAGCCGAGAAGGAGAACACCUCUGUCCUGCAGCAGAACCCCUCCUUGUCGGGAAGCCGGAAUGGAGAGGAGAACGUCAUCGAUAACCCCUAUCUGCGGCCUGUGAAGAAACCCAAGAUCCGCAGGAAGAAGUCUCUCUCGUGAGCUGAAAAAGAAGCCUGGCUUGUACAGGGAUGCAGACAUCACCCUCCCUGGGGGAGUUAGAGCCACUCAAGGGAAGA